AUGGCUUCCUUGCUCAUCUGGUUGUGGCUUGCCGUCCUCACUGCACCAUGUUGCGGGGACUACAUUUCGAGGGACUAUCAAUUUUACAAUAGCGGCGAGCUGGGACACCGGCCCAGCCUGAAGUUCAUCACCAGUGAGGAAUACUCGCCUGUGCUGCAAGUAAACACGUGGAACGAAAGCGCCAUCUCCGACAAGGGAUCGCACAUAUUCAUUCGACAUGACGGAGAGCCAGCGUCGCCGCUGUCGUCGCCCUUGAUCCUCGAUGCUAGGGACCUGACCACGGUGUUUGUGGACCGGAAGUACGCCAAUGUCUUUGGCACUCGUGUCCAGGAGAAUUUCGGGAAACGGUACCUGACCUUCUGGGCGGGCAAGAAGGGCUACGGUCUUGGGGAUGGCUUCGGGCUCGUCUUCGAUGCUAACUACCGCCUGGCAUACAACGUCUCGGCACAGGGAAUAGCUCUGCACAGCGACCUGCAUGAGUUUGCACUGACGGGCCAUGGGACGGCGCUAGUCACGGGAGUCGAGGACGUUCUCGUUGACACGGCGGGCUGGAAGGACUGGCAGGGACCUGCAGCGUUCCCGGUUCUGGACGCACUCUUUCAGGAGAUCGACCUCGAGACAAAUGAAGUGCUCUUCAGCUGGCGGGCUCUCGAUCACAUCAGCCCCUUGGAUUCCUUCGAGACAAUGGCGAAGGACUGGGACGCCUUCCACCUCAACAGCGUCCAGAAGACUCACGCAGGCAACUACCUCAUCUCGAUCCGACACACCAGCUCCGUCAUGCUGAUCAACGGAACGUCCGGCGACGUCAUCUGGACACUCGGCGGCAAGCGGAACGACUUCACCGAACUCGCACCACCCAAAGGCGUCGAAACUCUCAAUCCGGUGCUCACUAUGGGCUGGCAACACCACGCCCGCUUUGUGCCCCAUAGCAAUGAGACCGAGAUGACCCUGUUCGACAACCACGUCAAGACUACCAGCCACGGGAAGUGCCGCGCGACCUGCUCGCGCGGUCUGCACAUCGCCAUCGACGACACCUCCUCGCCCCCGACCGUGCAGCUCCUUCGUGAGUACCUUCACCCGUCGCACCUGCAGGCCCAGAGCCAGGGGAGCGUCCAGGUCCUCCCCACCGCGAGCGAUACGAUCGAGAAUGUCUUCAUAGGCUGGGGUCGCUGCCCGUCGUUCACGGAGCACACCGCCUCGGGCGCGACGGUCAUGGACGUGCAGUUCUCGCCAUGGCACAGCGACGAGAUCCCGAACGCACUCGACAACUACCGGGCGUACAAGAUGGAUUGGGUGGCGACGCCGCAUUGGGACCCGGCUCUCGCGAUCAGGGAGAACCCUGAGGGCAACCUCAGCGUUUACGUCAGCUGGAACGGGGCGACGGAGGUGCGCGAGUGGGUCGUGCGCGGCGGGACGGGCGGCGAGCUCGCGAGGUCGCCACGGACCGGCUUCGAGACCAGGUUGACGGCGAAUGGGACGGGCUUGCAGCGCCUCUGGGCCGAUGCACUGGACAGCAAAGGGACUGUUCUCAGGUCUACCCAGGUCUUGGACUUGGUUCAUGGGAACGUCACCAUUCUUGCGGAUAGCAAGGAGCCUGACUGGACGUUCACUGAGCCGCCCAGGAGUACCGGGAUCUCUGCGGGCACGUGGGCGUUGAUGGGCGGUGGGCUGCUUGGGCUAAUACUGGUGUCGAUGGGAGGGAAAAUGCUCUGGCGACGGCAAAGAGCCUAUGAUCGCCUGGAUGAUGAUGAUUCAGACCUGGACUCGGACACGGACGUGGAGUCGGUGUUUGGGAUGGACCAUUUCAGCAAUGAAUUACCUCCUGAACCAUGGCAGGAAUUCGCCUCGAGGUCCGCUGGAUAG